AAGUGAGAAUUUCUUUGGACUAGACUUUCGUAAAGUUCAUUCAUUUUUGGUCCCGUGAGAUGGAAAACGAAGUUUUGGAAGGGUUCAACAAUCCAAGGGUCGACCCACACCAUUGACACGUUUUCGCCGUUGUCAAUUUCACUAUCUCGUGUGCGGCUAUCUCGUCAAUUUUCUACCAACUGCAUUUCUCCGCGACGACUCGAGCUCGACACACGAAACAGACAUGGCCGCCGUCGCCGCUCUUUCCUGCCCCGCGCCUCCGCGUGUGUUCCGCUGCGCCAAGACGCUGCCUGCUCCCUCCGCCGCCACAUCCAGCCGCGGAAGGGUCGGCUACGGCUCCUCCUACGCCCGCCGGUGGCAGUGCCGCCGCUGGACCCACCGGCCGGACGCUACGACGACGCGGAUCAGGCGGGCAACGCCGCGCCGCACGGCGGUGGUGAGGGUGAACUGCGCCUACUCUCCCCGCGCUGAAACAAUCACUGCAUGCUCUUGGAAUGAAUAUGUGAUUUGCAGUGAUGUACCUGUGCUUAUUGAGUUUUGGGCCUCCUGGUGUGGACCUUGCAGAAUGGUCACACGGAUUGUCGAUGAGAUAGCACAAGAAUAUGUUGGGAGAAUAAAAUGCUAUAAGCUUGACACCGAUGAUUACCCACAGGUUGCUACAGCUUACAGCAUCGAGAGGAUUCCAACUGUUUUACUCUUUAAGGAUGGAGAGAAAAUACAUAGUAUUACCGGGACACUGCCAAAGGCUGUUUAUGUGAAAGCCAUUGAGAAAUCUAUUUCAGAACAAUGACAUAUUUGGUUAAUAUUCUUUGGUCCAUAGAUAUUAAACUGUACACUCCAUUUUAUACCAGAUAGUGCAGAGAGCUCAAGGUAAAAUUUGAGUUUACAGCACAAGCAUCUUAUCUAGAAGUAUGGAACUGAUGGUGAUCCUUUUGCUAUCAAUAGCAGUGUAAAUAUAUGUAUUUCUUAAAAGCCAGAGUGUUCCCUUUUUUAACCAAAAAAAUUCCUCAAAGGCUGUAAUGUAUUACAGGGCAGAAUAUUUGAGGCCCUCAGCGAUACCUUAUUUAAUGAAAUUAAAGUUUUGUUUCCUUAAUUUUAUUGUUGUAUCUAUCAUCUAAUUUUUAUCUGUUUUAUCCUUUUUGCGUUCCAUAGAUAGUGCAUAUCUUGCAUUUACCUAGGCCUUGUUAGGGUAAUCCCUUACCCAUGGGGAUUGGAGAGGAUUGGGAUGGAUUAACUGAACAAGCCCUUAGUUUUCACGAUCCUUAUUCCCACUAAACGUAGCACUUUGUAUCACACCUAAUAUGCUACAGCAGCUAACCAUUUGAAUUUUUUCUUAUCAAAAGGUUUGUCUCACCACCAUGUGACUAUGUGAUUGCUACUGUUGCUACUUCUUUAUAGUUGAUACGUGGCUAAAUUUUCAGCCACAUCUUUACGGUAUGCACUGCCAACAUGACCUUUUUAGCUACCAUCUUCAAUCUGUUCAAUGUGGGAUAUUUAUAAAAUCAUGGUUCUACUUGUUAGGCAGGUAGUUUUGUGUCUUUCCAGGUUAUCACACCUAUAUAUGGCUAGCAUUUUGGCCUAGGAUGGAGGGAUUUCAUGAUGUGGUAGCUCAAUCUUGGGUGUUUGUUCCAGCAGGGCCUUGCCCACUUAUCACUUUGGCCAAGAAAUUAAAGACAACGGCUAGGAGUCUGCAGAGCUGGAAUGACAAAAAAGUUGGGAAGAUUAAGCUGCAGCUUGAGAUGGCUAGGGAGCUCCUACAUCAAUUAGAGGUGGCGCAGGACAAUCGUUCCUUAUCUCCUGCCGAAUUGUGGCUCCGAAACAUGCUCAAGAAGCACUCCCUUGCCCUGUCCUCUAUCUCUCAUACCAUGGCAAGGUUGAAAUCGCGGAUUGGGUGGCUCAAAGAAGGGGAUGCCAAUACCUCUCUUUUUCAUGCACAAACAAGGUUCAGGAAGAAAAAGAAUUUCAUUGCAGCAAUACACUCAGAGGAUGGGCAAAUCUGGACUGCCCAUGAAGGAAAGGCAGCAGCCUUCUUUAAUUUUUAUCAAGGGUUACUUGGAACUGCAGAAGUCAGGGAUGUUACAGUUGAUCUGGAAGCUCUAGGGAUGCCAUCUUAUGACCUUGAUGCCCUUGAUGCGCCUGUCUCGGAGGAGGAAGUCUGGGAUGCAAUUAAGGCCCUUCCUUCGGACAAAUCCCCGGGUCCCGACGGGUUCACUGGUAGAUUUUACAAAAGUUGUUGGUCGGUAAUCAUGGCUGAUUUCAUGGCGGCCGUUCACUGCAUUUGGGCUAGAAAUUUUAGAAACUUGGGCCCGCUGAAUUCAACUUUCAUUACUCUUCUGCCCAAGGUGGAGGGGGCCACUAGUGUGAGAGACUUCCGCCCAAUAAGUCUGGUUCAUAGUUUCGCGAAGUUGGUAACUAAAUUGUUGGCUAACAGGUUAGCAGGCCGGCUGCAAAAUAUGGUUUCCCCCAAUCAAACCGCUUUUAUUAAGAAACGGUUUAUUCUUGACAACUUUAUGCUAGUCCAGCAGACGACCAGAUUCUUGCAUUGUCAGAAACAGGCUCGUAUACUUCUCAAGCUUGACAUUUCUAAGGCUUUUGACUCGGUAUCGUGGGCCUUCCUUCUCGAGGUCUUGAAAAAACUUGGUUUUGGACAGAUCUGGUGUGAUAUAAUAAGCGGGUUGUUAGCUACCUCUUCUACCAAGAUUUUACUAAAUGGUCUGCCAGGGGAAAGUAUUGGGCAUCAACGCGGACUGAGGCAGGGUGAUCCUCUAUCGCCUAUGUUGUUUAUUCUUGUAAUGGAUGUCUUGAAUCUGCUCGUGCAGCGAGCCUCUGAGGAAGGGUUUCUUCAACCUCUCUCUUCAAGGAAUAUGCAGCACCGUAUCUCGUUGUACGUGGAUGACGCAGUGUUAUUUCUAAGUCCUACUGCCCUGGACAUCAGUAUGGUUAUGGAUAUUCUUCAUUUAUUUGGUUCAGCUUCAGGUCUAAGGACUAAUAUCCAGAAGAGCAGUGUGUUCCCAAUCUGCUGUGGGGAAGAAGAGGUGAAUUGUUUACAUGACUUGCUGCCAUGUAAUAUUUCAGAUUUUCCCUGUAAGUACCUCGGUUUGCCUUUGUCUCCCAAGAAACUCACAAGGGACCAGGUUCAGGCCAUUGUUGAUAGAGUGGCCAGCCUUCUGCCAGGAUGGAAAGCUGAGCUUAUGACCAGGGCUGGUAGAGCUAUUCAUGUGCAGUUUGUCAUGAUGGCAAAGAUGAUUUAUGCAGCUUUGGCACUUGACCUUCCUGUAUGGGCCAUUAAAGCAAUCGAUAAGCUGAGGAAGGUCUUCCUCUAGAGGGGCAGGAAAGAGUUCCGUGGUGGUCAUUGCCUCUUCGCUUGGCCUAAGGUUACCCGUCCCAAGGAGCUGGGUGGUCUUGGGAUUAGUGAGUUAAAGAGCCUCUGUUGGGCUCUGAGAGCUCGUUGGCCAUGGUUGCAGAAAACAGAUCCCAGUAGGCCUUGGACGGACUUCCCCACUCAUGUUUGUAAGGUGGUAAAAAAUCUGAUUGCUGCAGCCAUUAUUACUAAGCUCGGUGAUGGAGCCAAUACCCUUUUCUGGAAGGACAGAUGGUUGGAUGGGAGAUGUAUUAAGGACAUAGCUACUGCAAUGUUUGAUUUGUGCCCUUGCGUCUUGCCAACAGGCGGUUGGUCAAAGAUGCUCUCCCCAAUUUCCAGUGGAUCUCCGAUGUGAAUGGGGCAAUUUCAGUCAGAGUCAUUGCUGAAUUCCUGGAACUUUGUGAAGUGCUUGAUGCAGUUGUGCUCCAGCCUGGAAUAAGGGAUCGACAUUUAUGGAAAUUCAGCGCUUCAGGUGAUUAUACAACUAGUUCUGCUUAUAAAGCUCUCUUCCUUGGUUCAGUUCAGUUCGAACCAGCAGAGCGUGUGUGGAAAUCUUGGGCUCCUGGGAAGUGCAAGUUCUUUAUUUGGCUUGUGGAACAUAAUAGGUGCUGGACUGCUGACAGGCUCAUAAAAGAGGACUAGACCGACCAGAUCCGUGCCCCUUGUGCGACCAAGAGGCUGAAACCAUAAAUCAUUUGCUGGUCAAAUGUGUUUUUGCCAAGCAGUUCUGGUUUGAUUUCCUUAGUUCAGCGGGGCUGCAGGAGCUGUGUCCAGCUCAUGAGGAUUCCUUUUAGUCGUGGUGGAAGUCUAGCAGCUCCCGUGCAUCUGAUCUUUUGAGAAAAAGGUUUCAAUUCUUUAGUGAUCCUAGGUGCUUGGACCAUUUGGAAGCAUAGGAAUAGAUGUGUUUUUGAUGGUUGUAAUCCUAGCUUGGUCACAGCCCUUAGGGUGGCUAGGGAAGAGGCGGUGCUCUGGUCCUUGACUGGAGCCAAGGCCCUGUCCUUCCUCCAAGUCGAUGAGUUGCUGGCUUAAAACAGCGUUGUGGGUUGUGUUUCCUCCAUGUUAGUCGGUGAUCCUUAGUUAGUCUCUAGUGGUGUGUGUGCUGUAAUGGGGUUCUCUCCCCCUUUCUUAUUCUUCUAUUAAUACAAAGAUGCGCAGCUCUCCUGCGUAUACCAGAAAAAAAAAAUACUUCUACUUGUGCUAACUGCUAAGGUCAUACAUGAUACCUUUUUUAGAGUUUACACUAUAUGAUUACCACAUUUUUGGCUAAUUUUCCCGAUUUUUUAAAUGAACGAGCAGGGGAUCUGCCUAUUGUAUUACUUAAGAAGACACACACGGGCAAAGCCAAUUUUCCUGAUCGCCUCCAUAUUUCUGAACACUGUUUUUUUAAUGUUGGUUUGGAUGCCCAUGUAAAUAUUUUAAUUGGAUGUAGAUUAAGUGAUUUUCUGUAAGAUCAUGUUUAGCCUUUCCUAAUUUUUUGUCUUCUCAAGAAUGAUCAGGAAAGGUACUCUGUAUCAGGAUUGGGCACGGGUGGAGCUGGUGUGGUAUGUCAUAGUCAUUGCUCCUACUAAAAAUAUUAGGUGCACAAUUUAAGGUUGAACUGUUAACGUAACACAGCUAUCAUCAAUACAUGGCAGGGUUGUGCCUACUCUAGUUCGAAUGCUAUUGAUCUUGUUAGUGCCAUUAUUGACCAAAUAUGAUGUUGUCAUGGCAGACUUGAUGGUUGCUGCACAUACUUUCAUGCAUGACAUGCACCAGGUAAGUUUGUAAUGGUUAUGGUAGAAUGAAUGUGUACUGGAUGAUCAGCUUGGUGUCACCAAUCUCCAUGCAUCUUGUUCAGCACUCAAUUCCCUCAGCAGAAGCCCAUGAGGUCACAACUCAUGGUAUCCAUUUCAGCCCCAAGUCGGCAUGGUGAAAUACUGAAAUGGAAUUGGUCUUUGGUGCACGUGUUGCAGCUGUGUAAUUUCUUGUUAUGUCCACCAUUUAAGAGCCUGAUAUACAGCCUUAGCAUAAGAAAAUUGCUUGGUUCUUGAGUACAUGGACACCAUCUGCCACAGUGACUAGUCGAGCACUUCAUGGCUGCUGUUGCUUGGACUUCAUCUGGCCUCUUAUGCCAUGAUAAGAAAAUCAUUGGGUCACUUUCCGCAAUUGACAUGAAGGUAGUGUUGGUCAUAAAUAUCAACUGGUAUACCAUCUAGUCUGGGACAUAUAUGAACAUGUACAUUGGGAGCCUAAGAGGUCUCGAAAAACAUUUGAAAUCAAGUGGGUACCAGGAAAGUAACCAUGCAAGUAAGUUUUGUAACUGCUGAUGCAAAAUAGCAUGUGCUGAGACUAACAUAGUGCAUGACUGUACAGUUUAUGGUGGUAAUGGCUGAUGUUGAAUCCAGUAACAGCUGAAACAAUGUGCCAUGAUGAACCACGAAAACAUGUGAUUGAUGACCGUGGUAUAUCGUAUUCCAUGGGUCCGUGCACAGUGCACUGUCAAUGUCAUCAUCAGUCAGGUGUACUGGUAUCAGUGUUUAAGGCUUCAGAAAACUUCAUGAGCCUUUGGGUACCUGGUGAGGCAUUACCUGUUGGUAUCAUACUAUCAUCUCAGACUUGAUGCUGUCAGCAGAACAAUACCCAAUCUAUGCUUGACGGUCUUUAGUGUUAGUAUGAUCAACAACAUGGUGAAGAACCUAACUGUGGGUGACAAACGAAUUUGAUGUGAUAUGGAUAAUCAUUUGCACGUGUUGUUCAGCUGACAAUGACUUCGUACCUUCGGUAUAAGUUUAGAAUGAGUAGGAUUUUGCAUUUUUUUUGAUUUAUCAGGUAUAAAAUACACUUGAUUUAUCAGUGUAAAAAUAAUACUUGAGAAACCUAUAAUUUGAUUUAUCAGGUAUAAAAUACACUUGUCAACUGCAGUAUC